AUGUUGGGUGGCAGCGAAGAGCUGAAGGUGGUGACGGAACAGCCGGAGAUGCAGGGAGGGUCCUCUUUGAAGCAGAAGGCUGUGAGCUUCUCUGUGAAAAAUGAAGAAAUGUUGGCUGAAGCUGAAAUCCAGAGACUGCAGAAGCAGUUCCAGAUAGCAGCGGAGAAGAGGAAAUCUUACGGUGCCAACGUGAGACGGCAAAUGGAGGCUCAGAGACAAGAAAUAGAGUCGCUGACUCAAGAACAUAAAGACCUGUCAUUAACUCUGAGCCAGAUUUCCUCCAAGAGGAAUGAAAUGCAGGAAAACAAAAGAUGUGUGGAGCUCCAGGGCCUUUUGGAGAUCAGGAAUCAGUGUGAUUCUCUGAUUACAAAGAGAAAAGCCAAGUUAGCAGACCUGGACAAGCAGAUACCAGAGCUGGAAAAAGAGAUUGUGAGGCAGAUGGCAUUGAAGGUGGAGGAAGCCAACAGUAGCAAACAGCUACAAAAGCAGAUGAAGAUGCUGGAGAUGCGGCUAAACCACGUCACUGUCCAAUUUGAUACCACCGUGACGAGAAAUAGCAUGCUUAGAGACGAGAUUGAAAGCUUGUGGAUUCAGAAGAAGAUUUUGGACAAAAACUACCUGAAGAUCAAUAAGAAGCUGGAUCACCAGAGGAGAGGGAUGGACGCUGCCGUUAAGGAAUGUAAAGAAGCCUACGAGCAGCGGAUGGAGGCUCUGGCACGCAUUUCCUCUGCGAAAGAACAGCAUGCUGAGGACACCAGCAACUACAAUAUUGAGCUUCAGGAGCGGAAGCGUGUCCUUGCCCAGGACACCAAGCUGAAAAGUUUCAUGUUUAUGAAGAGUACAGAUCGCUCUGAGCUGGAGCAACAGGCCAAAGCCAAAAAAGCUUUGAAGGCAGCCAAGGAGGAGAAGCAGUUCCGAUGGGAGACCUUCGAGAGCUGGGAAGUGACUUAUGAAUAUCUGCUGGAAAUGGCAAAGGACAGGGACCUUGAUGGGCUGGUGAACAGCUUCCUCCUAAAAGAGCACAACAACUUUGUGCGCUUCAGCUCUGUUGUUGAGCUGAACAACGAGAUAGAGCGGAUGCAGCAGAGGAUCCGUGACCUCCAGAACGAAAUUGCAUCUCUCGUGAGAGAGCAAGAGGACGCCGAGAGCAGCAGCCUUGAUGUCCUGAAGGAGCUGGAGGAAAAACUCGGGCAGACAACUGAGGAAGCGAACUGGCACGAGGACAAAUGCAAAGAAAGCAGCAGAGUCGUGGGCCAGCUCAAAUCCACUGUGGAGGCGCUGUUCAAGAAAGCCAAGUGUGACCUGUCCAGGAUAACGACCCGACUGGGAGAGAACGGGGAGAUGUCCCCUCUGAAUGUGCAGCAGUUUUUCG